UGUGUUUAUCUGUCACAACCCACAAAUCCGUCCACUUUCCAGUGAGGAUUUUUGCUGUUCUUGCUUAGCUGCUCCUACACUACUACUACUUACUUGAGUUACUUCUGCUCUUUUUUUUUUCUUCUAAAAUUCUGCUUAAUUUCUCCUUUUCUUUUGCCAGCCACUUUUUUUUUCUUUCUUUCUAUAUAAAGAAAUUCUGAUAGAGAUAAAAAAGUUUCCCUACUUGAUUUGAUUACUUACCAAACAGAGAAUUAGAAGAAGAAGAAGAAAUAAAAAGUCCCAUAUUUCUCUUUUCUUUCUUUCAUUUCAUUUCCUCUUUGUUUCUUAGAAUCAUAACUUAUGGCAACUGAAGUUCCUGUUUCUGAUACUUCUGUUCCUGUUGUUGCUGAGGCACAAAUUCAUCAGCAGCCAGCUGAGCAGAAGGAAACACCAGAUGUGGUAGAGAAAGUAGAGGAGAAAAAACCAGAAGAAGUGAUCAAAUCAUCUGACCAAGAAACAACUAUUACUUGUUCUCCUGAAGAAACAGAGAAAUCAGACAUGCCUAAAACCGAAGAACAGAAAAACGAGGCAGAGGAGAUAAAGAAAGAGGAUGUUGCUGCUGAGGAAAAGACAAGUGCACCUGAAGCCCAGGUGUCCGAAUCAAAAUAUGUUGUUAUUGAGGAAAAGACGAGUGCACCUGAAGCCCCGGUGUCUGAACCAAAAGAUCUUGCUAAUGAGGAAAAGGCGAGUGCACCUGAACUCUUAGUGUCUGAAUCAAAAGAUGUUGCUACCGAGGAAAAGACGAGUGCACCUGAUGCACUUGUAUCUGAAUCAAAAGAUGUUGCAGAAGUGAAGCAAGAUGAAACUGUAGAUAAUGAGCCUAAAGUUUCGGUAGAAACUCAAAUUGAGGAGCAACCCAAAGAAGAGGUUGUCGAGGAAAAGAAUGAAGAGAAAACAGAAGAAGUGGUUACAGAGAAAGAACAAGAGGUUGAAGCUCCUAACUGUGAAGUGGUUACUGAAGCACAAGCCGAGGAGGAGCAACCCAAAGUAGAGGUUAUCGAGGAAAAGAAUGAAGACAAAACAGAAGAAGUGGUUAAAGAGAAAGAACAAGAGGUUGAAGCUCCUAAAUGUGAAGUGGUUACUGAAGCACAAGCCGAGGAGGAGCAACCGAAAUUAGAGGCUACUGAGAAAAAGGAGGAAGAGAAAACUGAAGAAGUGAUCAAAGAAGCUGCGGAACAACCCAAGGUAGAGGCUGUCGAGGCAAAGAAUGAAGAGAAGAUCAGUGAUGCUGUGAAAGAGCCUGAACAAGAGAAGGCUGAAGUGAAGGAUGUUUCUGAGCUUACUAGAGACAUCGAUGUUGUCAAAUCAACGGUUGAGGAAACAUCAGAAGUCACUCCUGUGAUUGUGACAGAAGCAGAGGAAGUGGCCCCCAAGGUAGCAAAAGCUGCUGUUGAGGCUGUCAAAGAAGAAGAGUCUAAGGAAGAAGAGAAGUUGACAGAAGAAGCUGCUUCUGGUACUGUAAAAACCAGUGAUGUGACUGAAGUGGGUAGUGAGAAAUGUGAGAAAGCAGUAGAAGAAGAUCAACCUGUUAAGGAGGAAGUGGUGGAUUUGAAAGACUUAGCCUCCAUAGAUUAUCCUAAAAUUGUAGAAGAGUCAAAACAGGAGCCACCUUCUGAAGUCGAGGAGAAACUGAGCGAGCCAAAAGGAGCACUGACAGUUGAAGACACGGUGAAGGUAGAGCCGGAAGUUUGUAACGACGAGACAGUAAUCUCUGCAGCUGAGACUGUGGAGUCAGAAAAGAAGGAAAUAGCUAAUGGACAACCUGAGGAGAAGGUGCAGAGUUCAGACAUAGUUACUGAAACUGAGAAAAAAGAAGAAAAUGGUGAAGUUAACAAAAGGGCAAGUCUAGGAGACAUGAUUAAGGAGGAAAACGAGGCGAAUGGAGCUGAAGAAACUGUGAAAGAAACUGCAAAAGAAACAGCAGAAGCUCCAGAAGAGGUGAAAGUUGAAGAAGAGUGCAAAAAAGAAGAGAAAACUGAGGAAACUAAGCCAGAAGAAGCAACUCAAAACCAAGAAGUAGCUGAAAACAGCAGAGAUAUCGAGGUGAUUCCUCCACCUUCAGGAGAGAAGAAGGCAGAAGAAGAGAAAUCCUUGGCUCCUGCACCUGUUGUUGAAGCAGAGAAAAAUGGACACACUGAAGAAGUUGCAAAGGAAGAAGCAACAGAAACUAAGGAAACUGAUGCAACAGUUGAAGAAAAAAGUAAAGAGGAAGUUGUAAGCAAACCCGCUUCAAAGAACAUCUUGUCGAAGGUGAAGAGCUCGCUUGUCAAAGCGAAGAAGGGUAUUUUUGGGAAAUCUCCAUCCUCGAAGACGAUCUCAACCGAUGCAAGUAAGGGUGAUUUGUGAGUUGGAAUUUGAAGGUCUUCUUUUUUUUGGUUGUAUCAUAUUUUUGGUGUUUGUGAUGUUGCUGUGGUUGGUUUUUAUUGUAUUGUUUUGGUUUGUUUUUGGUUUGUGUUUCAUAGAUUUGUGAAUACACAGAGUAUAGGUUUGAGGUUCUGUGAACUCCAAGAUCAUUUUAUUUGUUUUUGGUUUUGUUGUUUCAUUGAGAUUAUUCUUAUUAAAUUUGUUAUUUGUUCAAGACUAUGUAUUAGUAAAACUGUAUCUGUUUGCUUCCUAGUUUGUUAAUAAACAUUGAAGAAUAUUAUUUAGUA